CGAUUUCACAUCACAUAUGAAACGCUGCUGCUACACAAUAUGGCUGCUGGCAUGACUCGCGAUUCUCACCAACUUCACGGCAAUCUUGGUGGAUCAAUUUCCGGCCUCGUAACUUCCGCCGGUCAGCAACACUGGAGGCAGGUGCGAACGCGGUUGACUGUUAGCUGCGCUCACGGUGUGCCCGCACGUGUGCGGAAUGGGCAUCACAUAAUGGGCUCGGUGCUGUCCGUUUUGGUUGCUUGGAGCUGCAUUGUCUAGAUCAAAGUGUAAAGUCCAUUACUGUCAGUACUGACACAACGCUAUCUG